AUGUGGUUUUUGCACGCUGAUUUCCUUCGCAUGGUCAAUGAAAGUUGGAACAUGUCUGCUCAUGGGUCUCUUGAUUUUAUUUUUUCUUAUAAAUUGAAGAGGCUUAAAGGUGUGAUCAAAGAUUGGAAUCUUAUGGUUUUUGGUAAUAUUCAUUCCCGGUUGAAGCAAGAUCAAUUGAGGUUUGAAGCUGCUGCUCUUCGUUCGGAUGAGGAUCCUAAUGAUAUUACUAAUCUUAACCUUAUGAAAGAUGCUAUGCCUAAGCUAAACGCUGCUGGUACUACUAUUUCAGACUAUGACCAAAUUCGUGAUCAUGUUGUGCAAUAUUAUGAAGAUAAGUUCAAUGGCCAGGAGUUGGACUAUGAUUUUACCUUAUUUGAUUAUGAACAUCCUAGCAUCUCGGAGGUGGAGAGUCUUGCCAUGGACAAAAUUCCUUCUCCGGAGGAAAUCAAACAAGCUGUUUUUGAUUUAGGGGCUGACAGCGCUUCAGGUCCAGAUGGUUUUUCGGGUUGUUUCUAUCGUCACUGCUGGGAUAUUAUUCAAGAAGAUUUGAUUAAGGCUAUUAUUUUUUGUUGGGAGACUGGUCAUAUCCCUAAUGGAAUCAAUUCAAGCCUAAUCAUUUUGCUCCUCAAGGUUGCAUUUUUGAAAGGUUGUAAUAUCCAUGAAAAUAUUAGCUUGGCUUCUGAAAUGGUUAAUGAACUUCACCUUAAGCGCAAAGUUGUUAAUAUUGGUCUUAAGCUUGAUAUUUCUCAGGGUUUUGAUACGGUGAGUUGGGCUUUUGUUUUGGAAGUUUUUCGUAGAUAUGGUUUUUCUGAGAAGUGGUGCUCUUGGAUUCUUAAUAUCUUGAUUUCUGCUAGAAUCUUUAUUCUUUUGAAUGGUAGUCCGAAGGGUUAUUUCAAAAUUAAUAGAGGUUUGCGUCAAGGAGAUCCCCUUUAUCCUUUGAUUUUUGUCUUGAUUGAAGAUGUUCUUAGCAUAAAUAUUUCCAAGCUCUUUCAUGAUAAGAAGAUGUCUCAUAUGGUUACAAGAGGUGGUAUCUCUCCUACUCAUCUCUUCUUUGCUGAUGACAUUAUGAUUUUUUGUAAAGGAAAUUUGAAAAGUCUUCAUAACCUUGUGGAUUUAUUGGGCAAGUAUCAAACUGCUUCUGGUCAAACGGUUUGUAGGCAAAAGAGCAAGAUUUAUUAUGGUGGUGGUUCUUUGAGUAGAAGUACCUACCUUGCUGAUUAUUUGGGGAUGACCGUUGCCACUUUUCCAGACAGAUAUUUGGGAGUUCAAAUUAUGCCAGGUACGAUAAGAUAUCGCCAUAUUUCUAAUGUGGUUGAAAAGAUAAAAUCCCAACUUGCUGGUUGA